CUCCCAGGAAGCCAUUUUUUUCAUUUUUUUUUCAUUAUCACAGUAUUUUCUAUACUUUUCCACGGAAGAAAGCAUUCACUUGUCAAAAUUAUCUAACGUGACAGCGGGUGAAACUGUUCAUUUUAGACUGGGGCAGGAGCAGAUUUGUUUAGUAUAAAUAAUACGCCUUGUUUCACUCGGAGAACAGAAUGAACGUGAGAGGCGAGAUUCUGCUUGCGAACAAGUAGCUAAAUGCUAGCCGAUCGAGGCUUGUUCUGCUGCUGUUUGGCCACCAUGGAGAAGUCACACUUCACUCAUUGACUGCUUGGUCAACAAGCUGCACGCUUUUGAUGCAGUACUUGAAUCCCGCGCCUUAAAUUAAAACACCCGACAUGGAGGAAGUUGACAAAAUCUUGAUACUCGCCCUAAAACAAGUCGGCACAGAGCUGAGUGAGGAGGUUGGUAGUGUCAAAGACUUCACCAGUGAACUUAUAGUGGAGGCGGUGGUGAGAUGUAUCCGGGUGAUCGAUCCCGGGUUGGGCAGCCCGCUGCCAACCUCCCUCCCGCCUGGCAUGUCUGCCCGCUUCAGGGUGGGGAUGAGCCUGGCACAGGCAUGUCAGGACAUUGGUUAUAAAGGCGAAAUAGGUUAUCAAACCUUCUUGUACAGCAGUGAGACAGAGAUUCGCUCCCUGCUCAUGUUCCUUGUAGAGAAACUGCCCAGAGAAAAUGCUGAGGCCUCGGAUCAGCCAACAGGCAAAUCAGCCAUUCUUCAGAGAGCUAUUGCUGCUGCUAUAAAAGCCCAGCUGGUAGAACCGUGGCUCCCUCCAAACUGCAGGCUACCACUCCAUGGUGAAACACAAAGUUUAGGUGUAAUGCACAGCUUCCACAAGCAGCCCCUCAGUUUACCUUACUGUAUUAAAGAUCCAGGGAAGAAAUCACUGAAAGAGGUGAAAGACUACCAGCGAGAUUUUCUUCCUCCUGUGACUGCUCAGCUCGCCCAUAAUGCCACUGUGGCAGCGUCCUUAUUAGAGCAGCACACAGCCGAGCUCAGUGUGGCGCAGGAAUGGUACAAUGAGUGGAACAGUCAGGGACUCCUGUCUCGUCUUACUCCACAGGACUACAGAGCCCGAAAACUGACUCGGCUGCGUAAACGUAUCGAGGAGCAGUUACGCUCUGCUGCCCUUCCCCCCACGGAAAGUGCCUUUGGUGGUCUUGGCGCCACCUCUGAUUUGUCUGACAUACUGCAAUCCUUCAGGGGGUCUGCUGCUUCUGCCCACACCCUGACAAAGGGCUCUCACUUCACUCACUCCCAGAAGUUCACUUUUACACAAGAGACGGAAGCAGUGCCAUCCCCUGCGCGACGGACAGAUGAUAACCACCACAGUCAGCAGGAGGAGCUAGCGUCUUUGCAGCAACAGUUUCAGCAGCUAUGCAGUGAUGUGGACCAACUAACUACUGAACUGAAGCACCUGAGUGUCACUAAUGCUCAGGUACUGGAUGAGUUCAAGCAGCGAGAGCGGCAGAACAAUGAGCUGGAAGAAAAGAUCCAGCUGAAAAAGAAAACCGUUGAUCUUUUACCAGAUGCUGAGAACAACAUAGUGAAGCUUCAGGCUCUGGUGGAGGCCAGCGCUCAGCGGGUGGUGAACCUGGCCUCUCAGUGGGAGAAACACCGGGCACCGCUCAUUGAUGAACACCGCAGGCUGAAAGAAAUCUGCAGUAAUCAGGAUAUGGAAUCAUCGAAAAAGCUGUCUGAAAUCAAGGUUCUACAUGACAAAAUUCGCGUGUCAACAGAGGAGGCCAAGAAAAAAGAGGAAAUACACAAACAGCUGGUAACAGAGUUAGAAAGUCUUCCCAAGGAUGUGUCUCGGGCAGCUUACACACAGAGGAUUCUUGAGAUUGUGAGCAACAUCAAGAAACAGAAGGAGGAAAUCACUAAGAUUUUGUCUGACACGAAACAACUACAAAAAGAGAUCAACGGCCUCACAGGAAAACUGGACAGGACUUUUGCUGUGACAGAUGAGCUUGUCUUUAAGGACGCCAAAAAAGACGAGUCGGUCCGCAAAUCCUACAAGUAUCUGGCUGCCUUACAUGAAAACUGCAAUCAAUUGAUCCAAACCAUCGAGGACACUGGUACAAUCCUGAGAGAGAUACGAGAUCUAGAAGAGCAGAUUGACACAGAAAACAGUAACAAAACUGUGGCAAAUCUGGAGAAGAUUCUAGAAGACUACAAGGCUAUUCGACAAGAGAAUUCUGCACUUGCUGCCAAGGUUAGAGAGGGCUGACGCUGAGCUACCUACUGAUGUCCAAUCUAAAGAACAACUGUUGCUACUCUGAACAUGACUGAAAUCGGUCUUAGACCGAAAGAAUUAGUGUUCAUGAACACCUCCCGCCUGCUGUGGUAAUUGGGAGCUGCUUUUCUUCAAAAAGCUCAAACGGUAUUUGUACCACAGUAACUAAAUAAGCAUUUUUAGUAUGUCAUAACGAUCGCGAUGCCUGGUUUCUCAUGUUGUUCACAUCUGCAGCUAAACAUGCCUGAGUUUCCAAAACCCACGCUGGUUACUGAAACAACUUCAGACAAAAAUAAUAAUAACAAAUGAAAACCUAUUAAAUGAGCUAAUGAAAGUCAGGCACCAGCAAUCACGCUCACUUGCUUCGAUUUGCCAUUCCAAUCCUUACCUAAAUCAAGAUCAACAGCAAAAGGUGCUGCCAAACCUUCCUCCUUAGUUCAAGGGCCAUUGUCAUGAUUGUUAAAAAAAUGGGGAAAAAUAACAUGUAUUUGAUUGCAUUUUUUAAUACAACAAGCACCCUUGUAAAUUCCAGAAUGAGCUGUAUUUGAACUGAAUGUUGAAUGAAUGGUAUUUGAAUGUGUCAUCUCGAUCUAUUA